CAACUGUAGCAUGGACGACCCGGAGAUCCAGGAGACCGUAGAGGCCAUCCUGGGGCCCGGGGCGAAGGUCGUCGAUUGCGAGAAAAAGUCGUCGAUCAAGGAGGAGGAGACUCUGUACAUCAACGGGAUACCGGUGACCUUGGAGGGGAGAGACGGCAUUGCCAUCAAGCAGGCUCUGAUCACCGGACAGGUACCCCCGUGCGAUCUGCUGAACACCCUGCUGAUCAAAACGGGCAUCCUGAAGGCUCCAGUGAAACUAGACACGUCCUUGAGCAUAAAAUCGACUACGGUGACAAAAGAGGAAGUUACAGUGUCCAGACAGGGACGAGUGGUGGACGAGAGAAGUAGGGAAGUUAAGGAGCAGAACGUGUACUCGAGCGCGCUUACAGAAGUUUUCGAACCUAUCAAGGUCCUUCCCAGCGCAGACCUGCUCAACGGCGAGUACUCGAACGUGAAGUAUUACGAUAACAACGGCUACGAGACAGGCAGCGAACGGAAGUUCGGGAGUUGUUCCAGUGCCUCUAGCUACGAAUCGGAAGAUCCCCCGGCGCCGUAUAAACCGAAACAUUGCCUGAGCAGAGACUCGGGGCAUUUGAGCAACUCACAGUCGACCACUAAGGUAGACUACACGCAGAGUUCAGCUGACUCGCUGAGUUCGCUCGAUGAGACAGACUACUUGACGGAGGAGUUCAAGAAAUGCACUGCCUAUUCUGGAGAUAACGGGUUUCCUAAUGGGUUUAAGAAUAAGUUUUUACCUACGAUAUUCGGAACGGUGGCUUCCGAUCUGACGCCAAAAGACUGUUCAAAUCGGAGGAGCUUGCCGCAAACGCCGCAAUCCAAAAGUUAUUCAGUUAUUUACAACGGCGAGGCGAACCAAGAGGGCUCCGCGGGUACCGAGUUCACACAGGAUAACGCCCUUGUAUACAAAGACGGGAACCUAAUUUCGGGUUCUCUGGACGCCCUGAUCCAGCACAUGGUUCCUACGGAUGUCUACUAUCCGGACAGGGCGUACUUAUUUGCCUUCCUUUUAUCGUCAAGACUGUUCAUCAAACCGCACGAUCUGCUUGCCAAAGUCAGGAAUCUCUGCGAGACGCAACAAGGCCUAGGGAAUGCACAGGCAGCCAGUUUGAAUUCCGGUAGCCAGGCGAGGUUCGCCGGGCAUCUGGUGCAAUUGCUCGCGGAGUGGACGGAAACCUUCCCGUACGAUUUUAGGGACGAACGCAUGAUGGAUCACGUCCGCAAGAUCACCCAGCAAUGUUGCGCGGUCAACUCAAGCCUAAGAGCGAACGUCUCGCUACUCCUGCACAACUUGCACCCUCGAUUGACAGCACUGGAAGCGUACGAGAAGUCCCUAGACGCUCAAGGCUCGGCAGCGCCACCUGCCGACGAGAAUCUGACUGACAUUUCGGAGUUGUGCCCCGACGCGUCUGUAUUGGCCCAGCAGCUGACGCACGUUGAAUUGGAGAGACUGUCAUUUAUCGGACCUGAAGAAUUUGUACAAGCAUUUGCCAAGGAAAACCCGCAACUAGAAACCUCCUUUAAAGACAUGAAGAAAACGCACAAUUUAGAACAGUAUGUUCAAUGGUUCAACAGGCUAAGUUAUUUUGUAGCUACGCAAGUGUGUAAGUAUCAAAAGAAGAAAAUGAGGGUACGAGUUGUAGAAUAUUGGAUAGAAGUCGGAAGGGAAUGCUUCAAUAUCGGCAACUUCAACAGCUUAAUGGCUAUCAUAGCAGGAUUAAACAUGUCGCCUAUUGCGCGGUUGAAGAAGACGUGGAGUAAAAUCCAUUCGGGAAAAUUCGCCAUUCUGGAACAUCAAAUGGAUCCGAGCAGCAAUUUCAGCAGCUAUAGAAGCACUUUGAAGGCAGCUAUGUGGAGGAGUGCCGGAGCUACGGAUCAAAGGCAAAGGAUAGUCAUACCUUUCUUCAGCUUGCUGGUCAAAGAUCUGUAUUUCUUGAAUCAGGGAUGUUCAAAUAGACUGCCAAACGGUCACAUCAACUUCGAAAAGUUCUGGCAACUCGCCAAGCAAGUGACGGAGUUCAUGGCGUGGAAGCAAGUGACUUGUCCGUUCGAGAAAGACCCAAAAAUCAUCUCUCUCCUCCAGCACGGGCCAAUCCUCAACGAAAACGCGUUGGCAUUGGCCAGUUUUGAGUGCGAACCUCCGGACAACAAUCAGGAGAAAGAACGGUGUAAAACUCUCAAGGCGGACUCAGCCAGUAAUUGAUAUGAUUCCAUUAGGUCGUAAGAUUCGAGGUAUUCGGGGUGAUUUUUUUAAUGUUGGAGUUUCUUUAACAAUAUUGCUGCAAGAUGGACACGUAUUGCUCUUUACUAACAUGUCUCAUAGAUGCCUGAAGAUACCCAAUUAAAUUAAGCUUUGGAGAGGCGACAAAAAGGGGGUCAUGUUCCUAACGCCAUCUAUGAGAUGGUAGCAGAACCAAACACUGGAGAUUCUCUUUACCAACAAAAUUACAUACGAUCCUGGCGGUUAUAAGUGGUUUACAAGCAUGGGUUUAAAAGAAACUCCAAUAGCUUACAAAUCAUCUCUCAGUUUCCUGUGAAUAUAUACUUUUUUUGUUGGGUUUGAUCGGAAUUUUAUUUGUACAUAUAAUUUUCAUUAAGUAUUGUUUCUUGCGAUGAAGUAUUAAGGCAUACUGAAGCUCAUUGUGAUUUUGUAGCUUUUUACGGACGAUUUUUAGUUGUAAAUUUGCACAAUUCAGUACCUAAUUUUUUUAUUCAUAGUUUAACAUGUUUCACUUAAGAAGGAAUUCGUAUUAUUUGUACAUAUGAAAAGAAGUGAUCGGAAAUUUAUUUGCAAAAAAAUACGCGGUAACAUCUUUGGGAGGAUUUUAUUAUUUGUAAAAUUCACUUGCUUUUUAGAUUUUUUUUACAACCUAAUAUUAUCAAGGGAAAAAAUUUAAUGAAAUUUUGAUUAUACCAAGAAAAGAAAAAUUACUUGAAAAAUGCUUUUGAGUUACAUGACUUUUUUAUAUAGUCGUUACUUUUCCCUCAUUUGCAGAUAUUUUCAAAUAAUUAAUUUAGAUACUUUCUUGCUAUAUCUAUCAUUUCAAAACGGCGUUAAUGACUAAAAAUUUCGAAAUGAUUUCGGUAAGAAAUUUUGGAGCUUGCCUUGAUGAGAUUUUAUGCUUUAGAUUUUUUAAAUUGUUAAUACAUUAAACUAAAUGUUUAAGAAACUUCUUUAGUUAUUUUGAUUGGAAGAAAAAUAAUUUAUAAAAAAUCGCUUGAUUGUGUACAAAAUAUAUGUAGUUUUCAACUGAAUCAAAAAUACUAUUUAUAAUUCACUAUUUAAAUGUUGCAUUACUAAAAUUUAGCACUUUCUUUCUUCUGGCACAGAACUGUUAGAUGUAAGUAAUAUGAACGAAAAUUCGCUCUCUUCAAAAAAUGAUGUGGGAUAUUUUUUUAUUAAUGUGGCACGUCCCUUUUUUGAGAUUUUUUUUCAACUUCCUAUUUGCAGCAGUAUUCUAAAUCCUUUUCAUCUGAUAAUUUCAUGGUGUGUAUAGAGAUGACUAAAAAACAAUGUUUUCAUUUUUUUUGGUAAAAAAUGCAUUUUUUGUGCAUUCUUUCUUCAACCGGAACUUGUUAACAAAUAUAACUACAGCUCUGAAACUGUGUGUGAAUAUUCCUCCUUUAUGGAAGAAUGAAACGAGUGAUUACUUUUGUUCUUAUCACUUGUAAUUUUCGAAAAAUCUUUGAUUUUCUUGAAGCUUCGUCUCGCAGCAACUUUUCAAAAAAAGCAAUGAUUUUUCGAAAAGGAAAAGUGAUACGAACAAAAAUAGUAACUCGUUUCAUUCUUCCAUACAAGAGGA